AUGGUUUUCCCUACAAGUGCGAUAAAUUUAUUUCACAUCAUAUUUAUUACAAAUAUUGCCUAUAAAGUAGAGAAACGAGAUAUAGGCAUGGGCGAAGCUGAAGGAUAUUGGAAACAUAUAUUAAAUGGUUAUGAAAUAGAUAAACAGUUGCAGUUACCAUAUAAUAAUAAAAUAACAACUACAGGACGUAGUGGUCAACGUUCAUCUGUAACACUUGAAUUCGAUCAAAAACUCGUUGAUAGAAUGUUAACAUAUGCACAAGAGUCACGAGUAUCAAUGUUUCAGUUGGGUUUAACAAUUUAUUAUGUAUUUCUGUUUAAACUGACAAAUGGUGAAAAAGAUUUGUGUAUUGGUACUAUAAAUCGACAGGUUUCACAGAAUCUGAUGCCAUGUCGUUUUAAAUUAAAUCCAACACUGCCGUUCAAUCAACUAUUAUUACAAGUACAACAAUUAUGUCAAAAAAUACUACAAUUUUCAUCCUUACACUGUCAAGAAACCAUAUGUUUACAUGGACAAGAACAAUCGUUUUUUUCGUCGAUUAUUCAAACAACAUUCGAAUUCGGGUCAUUAAUAGUUGGCGAAUUUGUCUAUUUGGAUAAUACUACUAUUGUAUGCGAAGAUGAUAACAGUAAUUAUCUAUCAAAAUUUGACGUAACAUUAUCAAUGAAUUAUAAUCAUCAAAAUGCAACAAUGUGUUGUUCAUUUGAGUAUGCUUGUGACUUAUUUGACGCAGCAACAAUACAAGAGAUGAUGAAAAGAUUUCAAACAUUAUUACAGCAAUUAUUUUUAUCAUCAUUCAGUCUUGAAAAGCAAUCUGUUUAUCAAUUAUCUAUUCUUUUACCAAAUGAAAUUAAUCUACUGGAAGACAUAAAUCAAACAAAUGUUAAUUUCGAUAAUGAAAUAAAAUGUAUACAUCAUGAAUUUUUUAAAAAAGCUAUUGAGCAACCACAAAAGGUUGCAAUUAUACUAGAUGAACAAUCAUUAACAUAUGGUGAAAUUUUAUAUUAUAUACAACACUUAUCGAUGCAUCUGAUGAGAAAAUAUUGUAUAAAUCCAGGCGAGAUUAUUUGCCAAUGUGUCGAAAGAAGUAUUGAAAUGGUCAUUGGUAUUCUUGUGAUACAAACCUGUGGUGCUUCCUAUUGUUCAUUGUCUCCAGAGGAUCCGUAUAUACGUAUUUAUAAUCUAAUCAAAGAGACAAAAGCUCGAAUUGUACUUGUCCAUAAACAAUCGCAAAAUAAAUUUAAUGAUUUGAUCAAUAAUAAUGGCAGUUUUAGUAUUAUUGAUAUUGAACAGAUUAUUCAUAAUGAAAUUAUUUAUAAAGAAGAAUUAAAUCUUUUAUCAAAUGUUCAUGUAACAAUUAAGAAUAUUGCAUACGUCAUAUUCACAUCAGGAUCAACGGGAAAACCAAAAGCAGUCCAAAUUUGUCAUAGAAAUUUUGUUUCAUACACGAAUUCUAUAUUGUACUUAGAUAUAAUGAACGGUAAUGAUGUUGUUCUACAACGGGCGUCGUGUUUAUGGGAUGUUCAUCUACACGAAAUAUUAAGCUCAAUAAUUGUGGGGGCUACUCUAGUUAUGCUGCAACAAGAUCUUCAUCGUGAUAUCGAUUAUUUAUCGUAUGUAAUCCAAAAUAAACAAAUUACACAUGUAACUGUUGUACCCACUAUAUUAAUAACAUUAUUUGAAUACUUGCAAUCGAAAACACGGUUUGAUCGUAUCAAAACAGUACGAAUAUUUCGAUGUUCAGGUGAAGCUCUGCUCUCACACGUUGUCUCAAAAUGGGUACCAUAUCUGCCAUCACAAUGUCAAAUGAUUAAUUUUUACGGCCCAACAGAAUCUACUCUUGUUGCAACGUAUCAUCGUAUUAUUUCUGAAGAUUUAGCAACUCAGUCGAUUUCAAUUGGUCGUCCACUUCCAAAUUAUCAAUGUUACAUUUUGGAUGAGCAUUUACAAUCAGUCGUGAUUGGAAAAGUUGGAGAGAUAUUCAUUGGAGGAUCUGGUGUGUUUGCUGGAUAUUUAAAUCGUGAUAAUUUAACUGAACAAUGUUUAAUUAGUUUACCUGGAAUAGAAGAAAAAUGUUACAGAACGGGCGAUUUAGCUUAUUAUAACCAUGAAGGUGAUAUUUAUUUUUUAGGUCGUGCUGAUUUUCAAAUCAAACUAAGAGGUAUUUAA